AUGCGCUUCAUCCAAUCCGUCUUUUCCAUUCUCACGGCCUACCCGGCCCUGAUACCCAUGCUUCUCUCCCAUCAGCCUUCCGCCGUCCACAAGACGAGUGCGCUGGCAAUGGGCCAACUCUCCAACCAUCUCAACAUGACCCGCCGCGCCGUCCGUCUAUUCUGGUGCCUCGGCAGCUUCCAAACCAGCUGGAACGCCUACGUAGCUCCCGAGAAGAGCAUCGAGACCUGGCUCGCCAUCCUCGCCGACAGCCUCUUCGGACUCUUCGGCUUGAUGGAGUCUGUCACGCUGCCCGAUCUGUUGCAAGUCAAGGGCCUGUCCGUCUUCGGGCUCGCUGAAGCCGUUAGAAUCGAUGACCAGUCCAAGUCUGUGUGGCUUGCGGCGCUGGCUUGCUCCGCACUAUGUACCGGCGUCAAAAUCCUCAAGUCUUAUGCUCAUCGCGCUGUGCCCGAGACGGGGAGCGGCUUCGGCGCCCCCGAGCAUGAGAAGAAGAAGACUGGCAAAGGCGGCGAGAACAAGGCCCAGGCGGCCGCUGAGAAACGGAGGCAAGAGAGGGAGGCGGCGUCCAAAGAGGCGGGCCGGAAGAUUGGGGGCCUGACGAGGAAGUUACUCGCUGAUUUGCUUGAUAUUGCGAUUCCGGCCUGGGCUACUGGUUUGGCGGAUAUUGAUGCGGGCGUGGUAUGGGUUGCCAUGCUUUUCAGCACCAUUUUCACGGGGUACGCUGUGUGGGAGAGGUGCGGUCAGGCUAUUGACAAAGGACGUGCUUGA